AUGUCUACAUUCGACGCUGAGAACGCCGACAAUUUGGAGGAUAUCGAGAAGCAAUUUGCUGUCAAGUCUGUGAAACAGUUGGAAGCUUACUGGAACUUAUUGUCCAGUAUUCCUGGAUCUAAAUUGAAAUUGACUAAACAUGAUGAUGAUAUUUACAACACUUUCAUUGAGGAUUUCCCUGAAUAUAGCACUGCUGAAUCCGUCAAAUCUAUUAAGGAAGAAGAUUUGAAAUCUGUUGAAGGAAAGAAAAGAUGGAGAGCUUAUUGUGAAAAGUUCAACACCAUCGAAGACUUUAACUUCGGUACUAUGUUAAGAUUGAAGUCUGAUGAAGAAUAUACUCAACACAAUACCAUAUUUGCUGUUCGUAUUCAAUUUUAUGCUUUUGAGAUUGCAAGAAACAGACACGGUUUGAACGACUGGGUCUCUGAACAGAAAUAG